AUGCGGUUUACCAUCUACCAUUUGUUCAUUUUCGCCGCGUUUAUCUCACGAAUCCAAUGCUAUGGCCUCAUCAAGUCCCUAUUCAAAAAAAUCAACGGCAAACCGAGCUGCAGCUGCUCGGACAUCGUGCAGCCGGUCUGCGGCUCCGAUUCCCACACGUACCUCAACAUUUGCUCGCUAGAAUGCUCCCACAGGCGCUACCACAACGUCGAAAAAGUAUCAGACGGACCUUGCAACGACCCCUUCAAAAAUAAACACAAAAAACACAAGCACAGGGAACCCCAUAAGGGAUCGAUGAUGGACGAUUACUCCGAAGAGGAGAGUUUAAUGGAUCACCAGCACGAGUUUGGGCGAGAAAUGGCUUGCAGUUGCAGCGGAAUGCUGGAUCCCGUUUGUGGUACCGAUGGGGUAACAUACUUAAACGAAUGCUACGUGAAUUGUCGCAGGAUGGAGCUGCGAGGAGCGGGUGGUUUGCAGGCGAAAGCGAGAGGCUUCUGCAGGGACUACAUGGGUACUAACGAGGAGAAUAUCUUUCAGUAUUUCGAUUGCUCCUGCAUGCCCUACUACGAGCCGGUUUGCGGGUCCGAUGGAAGGACCUACCCGAACGGUUGCUUCCUGCAGUGCGUGAAUAUGUAUUAUCCGGAAAUUGUGCUGGUUGAUCAGAACGCCUGCCUCGAUAAAAUGGAAAUGAUCGUGCAGACGGGCAUGGGAAUGAACGCGGAUUACGGCGUUGUGAAUUAUAAUUUUAUGAACUUUGUACCGAACAAUCCUUUGUUUUAA